GCCGUUUCCGGUUUAGCGCGAGGCCAUAGUACACGCACGCGUUGUCAGUGCCUGUAGAUGCAUGAGUGUGACUUGGUGCGCGUGCUGGUUCUGUUCAACAGUGAGGUUCAGUUCUGACGUCAUGCCGACAGCCAGUGAGAAUGCUCUGUUUGGGAUGGGUAAUCCCCUGCUGGACAUCUGUGCCGUAGUGGACAAAGACUUUCUGGAUAAGUUUGGCCUGAAGCCCAAUGAUCAGAUCCUAGCAGAGGAGAAACACAAAGCUCUGUUUGAUGAGCUUGUGAAGAAGAGUAAAGUAGAGUACCAUGCCGGUGGCUCCACACAGAACUCUGUUAAAGUUGCACAGUGGAUGAUCCAGGAGCCCCACAAGGUGGCGACGUUUUUUGGCUGUAUUGGGAAAGAUCGCUUUGGGGAGAUCUUGAAGCAGAAAGCAGCCGAAGCUCAUGUGGAUGCUCAUUAUUACGAACAGAGUGAACAACCUACAGGAACUUGUGCAGCCUGCAUCAAUGGGGAUAACAGGUCUCUGGUUGCGAACCUGGCCGCUGCAAACUGUUACGAUAAGGAGAAACAUCUGGAUCUGGAGAAUAACUGGAACCUGGUGGAGAAAGCGAGAGUCUAUUACAUUGCUGGUUUCUUCUUGACUGUAUCUCCACAGUCCGUGUUGAAGGUGGCCAAACACGCCAGUGACCACAACAAGAUCUUCGGUCUGAACCUGUCGGCUCCCUUCAUCAGUCAGUUCUUCAAAGAGCCACUGAUGAGCGUUAUGCCCUACGUUGACAUCCUGUUCGGCAAUGAGACGGAAGCAGCUACAUUUGCAAAGGAGCAGGGAUUCGAGACAGAUGAUAUUGAAGAGAUUGCACGCAGGGUUCAGCUGCUCCCCAAAGUGAACAAGAUCAGACCGAGGAUCGUGGUCUUCACUCAGGGGCAGUAUGAUACGGUCGCUACCGUGGGUGAGAAGGUGACGAGGUUCCCGGUGUUGGAUAUUGAUCAGAACGACAUUGUGGACACUAACGGAGCAGGAGACGCUUUUGUAGGAGGGUUCCUCUCUGAGCUGGUGCAGGAGAAAUGUUUAGAGCGAUGUAUCGAGGCGGGUCACUACGCUGCUAACGUCAUCAUCAGACGCUCUGGAUGCACCUUCCCUGAGAAACCAGACUUUCAUUAACACGUCUGUCUCUCUCUCUCUCUCUGUGUCUCUGUCUCUCUCUGCCUCUCUCCUCUCUCUCUCUCUCUCUCUCUCUGCCUCUCUCCUCUCUCUCUCUCUCUCUCUCUCUCUCUCUCUCUCUCUCUCUGUGUGUCUCUGUCUGUGUCUCUCUCUAUCUCUCUCUCUGCCUCUCUCUCUCUCUCUCUCUCUCUCUCUCUCUCCUCCAUCCACCUCUUCCUCCUACAUGUUAAGUAACUCAUGUGCCUCUACAUUGUUUACACAAGUUUCCAGGGCAUUUUCAAGCAAAAGGAAAUGAUGACAGGAAGUGAUGUGUGAGCUCAGAUUUUAUUCUUAUACACUCCUACAAGUCUUAAAGUAAACUUUUUUAGGUCCAAACAAGGCUCAAGGUGCCGCUCUGGUUGUAUAAAUGUGUGGCAGUGCUGCUGUAAGGCAUCGCUGUGUGUUUUAAAGACUAGUUUAGCCGUGUCUGUGUUUGUUUCUUGCAGCACACCAAACUCUUAAAGCACGCACAAAUAUUAAAUAUGCAUCAUUACAACGUCUUACACACACACACACAUACACACACACACACAAUCUAUCUCUCUCUAUUUUAUUGUGUGUAUUUAUCAAUUUGUUUAUAUACAUAAAGAGUUAAAUAUU